AUGGCUAUCAACCCAAAGGCUCCUACAGCGAGGAAAAGCCCCAUCACUUCAUCACCGAUCACCAAAGUCCCCGCAAAAUCCCAGCAGCAGCGCAAAACAUCCGUUUCCCAAGCCGUUCCGAAGAUCCAGCAACAACGCAAGAUCUCGAAUACACAAAGCUCGCCCAAGGUCGUUGUUCAGCAACAGCGCAAAACCUCGGCUACGAAGCCUCCAGCAAUGGUGGAGAAUAAAAGGAAGAUCAAGGCUGAGGUGGGAAGAAAAUUUGGAACGCUCUUCGAAUACAAGCUGACAACAUUGCAGGGGAUUUCACCGACGAUGGCUGAUCUCCAGGUCAAGCCCGUUGGAGCGGAUAAGGGUACUACUCGACCAGAAGCUAGGAAUGAGACUCCGCCGAAGAAGCAGAAGAUUGAGGAGAUGAAGACUGAGAUCAUGAAAGACACCACAGUCAUGUCUCUGUCCCGACCCACUUCCACGACGCCAAAUCCGCAGCUCUCAUCACUACCACUGUCUGUCGCCCCCCAAUCCACCCAGAUGAUGAAGAACCUCCUUUGCCACGUCCUCCAAACCCAGCCCACGCUGCUCCCCUUCGUCCCUUCCACGCCCAUAACAUCCACCCACAUCGACAACAUAGCGCACACAAUGUGGCAAAUCGCCUUCAAACACGUCGUCAUGCUCCAACGCGCCUGUCAAUACAGCGCCAUGUUCUCGCCCGUCAAACUCGCAGCGCUAGCGAAGUUGAACUUCUUGCCCAGCUGGUGGUUCUUCAGAGACUUGGUGGUUGGGGGGUUGCCGGGGUUGGUCAAGGGUGUGGAUGGGAUGGGAGGGGGGAAGGGGGAUGGAAAGGGAGGGGUGGUGAUUGAUGAUAGGGAGAUGAUGGGGGCUUGGGAUGAGGCGGUUAGGUGGUGUGGGGGUGUUGUUGCGAGGAGGGAGGGGGUUGGUAGGGUGGUGGGGAUGGAGGAGGAGAGGGAGAAGUGGGAGGCUGUGAAUGUGGCGCGGGAGGAGGAACUGAUGCUGGACAGCAAGAUGGCGGAUGGUAGCGAGAGUGGAGAGGGUGCAGAGUGA